AUGGCAGAUCGCUUCCCCCCCACUGCUGCACCCGUAGCAGGGGGAGGUAGGAGAAGGAUGAGGGGGGGGGGGGGGGGGGUCGGUGCUGCAGAUCCCCUCCCCCCUUCUGCUGCACCCGCAGCAGGGGGAGGUAGGAGAAGGGUGGGGGGGCCUGGUCGCGAGGGGCCAUGGCUAGGGGCGACGGGGCCAUGGCUAGGGACGGGGCCGGGCGCUGGCAGGUACAGGGCCGGGCGCUGGGCAGGUACGGGGCCGGGCGCUGGGCAGGUUCGGAGCCGGGCGCUGGGCAGGUACGGGAACGAGCGCUGGGCAGGUACGGGGCCGGGCGCUGGGCAGGUUCGGGGCCGGGCGCUGGGCAGGUACGGGGCCGGGCGCUGGGCAGGUACGGGACCGGGCGCUGGGCAGGUAUGGGGCCGGGCGCUGGGCAGGUAUGGGGCCGGGCGCUGGCAGGUACAGGGCCGGGCGCUGGGCAGGUACGGGGCCGGGCGCUGGGCAGGUUCGGAGCCGGGCGCUGGGCAGGUACGGGGCCGGGCGCUGGGCAGGUACGGGACCGGGCGCUGGGCAGGUUCGGGGCCGGGCGCUGGGCAGGUACGGGGCCGGGCGCUGGGCAGGUACGGGACCGGGCGCUGGGCAGGUACGGGGCCGGGCGCUGGGCAGGUACGGGACCGGGCGCUGGGCAGGUAUGGGGCCGGGCGCUGGGCAGGUACGGGGCCGGGCGCUGGGCAGGUAUGGGGCCGGGCGCUGGCAGGUACAGGGCCGGGCGCUGGGCAGGUACGGGGCCGGGCGCUGGGCAGGUUCGGAGCCGGGCGCUGGGCAGGUACGGGGCCGGGCGCUGGGCAGGUACGGGACCGGGCGCUGGGCAGGUUCGGGGCCGGGCGCUGGGCAGGUACGGGGCCGGGCGCUGGGCAGGUACGGGACCGGGCGCUGGGCAGGUACGGGGCCGGGCGCUGGGCAGGUACGGGGCCGGGCGCUGGGCAGGUACGGGGCCGGGCGCUGGGCAGGUACGGGGCCGGGCGCUGGGCAGGGACGGGGCCGGGCGCUGGGCAGGUACAGGGCCGGGCGCUGGGCAGGUACGGGGCCGGGCACUGGGCAGGUACGGGGCCGGGCGCUGGGCAGGUACGGGGCCGGGCGCUGGGCAGGUACAGGGCCGGGCGCGAGGCUAGGUACGGGGCCGGGCGCUGGGCAAGGGACGGGGCCGGGCGACGGGCUAGGUACAGGCCGGUCGCGGGCUAA